UUGUCUGACGACAGCAGUUCCUCGUUGGAUGUAGCCGCGGGAUCCGAGGGGGCUGACACUUCUCUCGCCUCCGAUUUGGCUCGAACGGCUGCUAAAGAUUGUGCAGUUGAUAAUGUAGAUAGACUAUUUCGCGCCAUGGAUCAGGCUCGUCAGGUGCAAGAAAAACAGCUUGGGACCGGCCCCAGUUCCACAUCCCGAUAUCCGGAAUACGGCCCCGAGGACACUGUAUCCAGCAGUGGGUUUUUCAGUGGUUCCGAUGUCUCAGGUUGGCAAACAUCCACCGAGCGUAUGCGUAUCCGUAUGCGCGACACUUCAUCUGUGAUGCUUCCGCCGGGUAUGAUUUAG